CUUGCAAAAAAUUAAUAAAAAAUUUAAACAUAUCUUAUUAUUGUUGUCAUGGGGAAGAUUUCACUUGUUGCUGCUCUUUUGUUGUGCUUGUUGGCAUUUGCAAAUGCCAACAGGUUCUCCGUCACGGUAGCUGUGACGGAGAACGAUAUUGAAAAUCCACAAAGCUGUCAAGAGCAAAUGCAGAGUCAUAGGCUCAACCACUGCAGGAUGUACGUUUCAAGUAGUCGCCAAUACUAUAACGACAACCUAAGCAUGGUGACAGAUGACGAUCAUGUGAUCAACCAAACUCAAGAACAUCUUCAACAAUGUUGCCAAGAAUUGAAGAACAUGGACACUCAAUGUCGAUGCCCAGCACUUAAGAAAAUGGUGAUGCAGGAUUGUGGUGGCGGCCAAUGCGAAGAGUCGAUACGCUUGUUCGGAAAAGCUCGUUACGUUCCCCAUAUGUGUAACCUUCAACCCACUCGUUGUAGCUUCUAAUUAAUAAAUUUAGAAGCUCGAUCAGUAUAAAAAUUACGUUAAAAGUGCUAUAAUAAAAACACACUAUCGUGUGUAUGUUUGGUAAGGCAGAGUUAAUUUGUGAACUUCGUCUAUGGUUUUAUUGUAUGGGAAGUUUUUUUCAA